AUAAAUCUGACUUUAUAUAUAAUCCAUAUAAAAUAAACAGGCCUUCAACUAUAUGUGAUAUAGUACAAAGAGGUCAGAUAUACAAAGAUGGGAGCAGCAACAAACAUUGUGAAUAUUGCCUUAUGUAUUGCAUGCAUCAUCACAAAUACAGAAGCAAAGGGGUCAGUUGAUCCAAGAUGUCCACAAAGUCUAUCUGGACUAAAUUGGGAAGUGAAGUACUUGAAUGGUAAAUGCUAUCAAUUUGUGGAAACACUCAAGUACUGGAAUGAUGCAAGUGAUUGGUGUAACAAUGCUGGAGGUCACUUGGCUCAAAUAGACAACCAACAGACACAAGAUUUCCUUGUUUCAUCUCUCCGCUUGCUUAACUGGCCUGAGACAAUCGUUUGGAUUGGAGCCCAUAGGAGAAGGACUGGUGGAAUAUGGAAAUGGACAACUGGUGCGAAUGUUGCUUAUACAGCUUGGGGGUCUGGGCAACCAGAUAAUUCCAACAUAUUUGAAGAGGAAGAGUGUGUAACAAUGCUCCUAGAUGAUAAUGGAAAGUGGCAUGAUUCUUGCUGUGCUUGUUUCCCAGAUGAGGAGACAUAUAUCUGCAUGUAUGAUGCAGCACCAGAUCCAGGAGCAACAACUUUGCCAACCCCACAGCCAACUGCAGGUGGUGAUCCAAGAUGUCCACAGAAUGUUAUAGAUAUUGGAUGGCAGGUGAAAUACUUCAAUGCCCAAUGCUAUCAGUUUGUUGAAAGCCUUCUCUAUUGGAAUGAUGCAAGUGAUUAUUGCAACAAUGCCGGGGGUCGCUUGGCUCAAAUAAAUGACCAACAGACACAGGACUUUUUAGUUUCAACGCUACGCUCCCUCAACUGGCCUGAGACAAUUGUCUGGAUUGGAGCCCAUAGGAGAAGCACUGGUGGAAUAUGGAAAUGGACUGAUGGUGCCAGACUAGGAUACACAGCAUGGGGUGACGGACAACCAGACAACUCUAACAUAUUUGAAGAGGAAGAAUGUGCUCAGAUGCUAUUGGAUGAUAAUGGACGUUGGCAUGAUUCCUGUUGCGCUUGUUUCCCUGAUGAAGAGACAUAUGUCUGCAUGUUUGAUCCAGUUGGAGCCACCACUGUCACUAGACCGAACCCUCAACCUACAACUCCAGUUGACUCUAGAUGUCCCCAGAACAUUGCAAGUAUGCAAUGGCCGGUAAAGUUCUUUGGUGACAAAUGUUACCAAUUUGUUGAAACAAUUGAAUAUUGGCCCGUAGCGAAGGAAUUCUGCAAUAAUGCGGGGGGUAAUCUAGUUCAAAUUGACAACCAACAGACACAGGACUUCCUGGUUUCCUCCGUGCGCUCAUUCAACUGGCCUGAGAAUAUCGUGUGGAUCGGGGCCAAUAGAAGGAGAACAGGUGGUGUUUGGAAAUGGUCUACUGGUGCCACAGUGGUCUACACAGCAUGGGCCACUGGACAACCAGAUAACACAAACAUUGUUGAUGAGGAAGAAUGUGCUCAGAUGUUCCUGAGUGAGAAUGGUCUUUGGCAUGAUAAUUGCUGUGAUUGUUUCCCUGGGAAGGAGACAUUUAUCUGCAUGUACAAUGCUUAUAUCCCAGGAAUGUCCACUACAACUGGUUUACCAACUCCCCCACCUACCACACCAGUUAAGGACCCAAGAUGUUCUCAAAGGGUAAAUAAUUUGGGCUUGCCAGUGAAGUACAUGGAUGCCAAAUGUUACCAAUUUGUUGAGACUGCAAAGUUAUGGACAAAUGCCAGGGACUACUGCCAAGCUGCAGGUGGUACACUUGCAAAAGUAGGCAACCAACAGACACAAGACUUCCUGGUUUCAUCUUUACGUUCACUGACCCGGGUUACAAAUCUUGUUUGGAUUGGGGCCCAUAGGCGUGGAACUGAUGGAGUAUGGGUUUGGACAACUGGGGAAGAUGUCACUUUCACAGCAUGGAGUGCUGGUCAACCAGACAAUAAUAAUAUAGCCUUAGAUGAGGAGUGUGUGGAGAUAUAUCUCACUGACAAUGGACUAUGGCAUGAUGCCUGUUGUCAAUGUCUGUUGAAUGAGAAAUCAUUCAUAUGUAUGUUUGAUGCCAUUCCUGUCACAACUAGAAGGCCUGGGACAAAUAGUGGAGUCACUCAAUCAACUAACAACAGGUUCUCCUCGACAAAGACUACAAGUAACACAGGUGCUGUUUCACCAGGGGGCCAGAGCUCAAAGGAAGAGGAGGCGAAAAAACAAGAGCAGCUAGCUUUAAUCUUAGGAGUGACAAUUGGUAGCGUUGGCAUUAUAUUGAUUGCCGCUGGUGUUGUCACACAUUUCUAUCGCAAGAAGAGAGCAUUGAAAGUUCCAGGACAAUUGGUUGUAGACAAUCCUAACUACAGUACUGCUGACCGCCUUGGUGUGAAAUUCACAAAUGAUGACAGUAACCCAAAAACUGAUAUAAGUGAUGAAAACAUGAACCCAGGUCUCAAAAAUGGAAAAUGGCAAGAGUUUAAUAUAUAAAUUACAGUGAAAGUAUAUCUGUUCUCUAUGAGAACAAUAAAGAAACUCUAAAAACUGACACUACUUGGACAAACCACAGUAAUGCUCACUUUGCAGGCCCAUCUUGGAUUUCCAAGAUAUGAUGUUUUCAUACCUUGGAAUAUCAGGCUAAAAUUUCUGCACAAAAGCCUCUUAAUUUGUCAUAGAUUGAGGAUUCUGAUGAAUGAGAUAUCAUCUUAUCCAGCCAACAUUAUGCUAAUUCUUAUGUAUUAGGUAAAUAGAAGGUGAGCAGUCAACCUCAUUAGUAGUCAAUUAAGGGCCAAUAACUCCUUUAAAAGGAGCCUGACCAAUGAGAUCUUAGAGUAAAACAAACAAAUCAUCUGAUUGUGCGCUGGAUUUAAUGUGCACCAAUCAGAUGAUUUGUUUGUUUUUCGGAUAGAAAAGUUGUCCACUGAUGCCAGUGUGAUUGAAAAUCAAACUGGGAAACGAGUAUG